AGGCAAUAAAUUGUAAAUGUUGUUAUUUUGACUAACAACAUUGAUGUCAGAUGACUGGAGAUCAUUUCUAAGAGCAGGAUGGGUAAUCAUUUCCCAGUGGAUUAUUAGUAAUCUCAUGACUGGGUGGAGCAGACUGGUGCUACCUGAGGCUGACAGUAGCUGAAUACCUGAUAUAAACCAACAAAACAAAAGACCAAAUGGUGCCGUGGAACACUACUGCCUCACAGGGUCAACUGGGAAAUCACAGUGACAAUGGACUGGCUGAUGUGGAGAAAAUCCUAGUCCCAAUUUUAGACACUCUCAUACUAGUACUGGGAGUGGGGGGCCACACUGUGGUGAUGGUGAUCUUGUGUGGGAGGCUUAGGCGAGGGACCGGACCGGUUGGACAGUCUGUGCGUAACUCCAGUGCAGGCACAGGGACGGACAUCCUCCUGGUGGCUCUGAGUGUCGCGGACCUGCUGCUGCUCUCCAUGCUUCCCUUCCACACCGUUGCCAUAGCCAUGCAGCGAUGGCCGUUCGGGGACUUCAUGUGUCGUCUGGUGGGCUUCUUGGGCUCGGCCUGCUCUUCAGCCAGUGUCUUCACCCUGGCUGUCCUGGCUGUGUCGCGCUAUUUGACUAUAGUGCAUCCUGCCAAAGCCUACAGCCUCCUCUCCUCACCCCGGGUGUCUGCUGCUGCUGCACUGCUCUGGGUGCCGGCCUGCUGCCUUGCUGUCCCACAGCUGGUCUUCCGCUCAGUCGGCACUCCAAAACUAGCUGCUGACGGACUUGCUUGUUUUUCCUUUCAGUCUCAUCGCGACCAGGUGAUUUAUGGAUUGGUUCACUUCGUCAUGGCCUUCCUGCUUCCCCUGAUUACUAUUGCGGUGGCCUACAGCAGCAUCUAUGUUUUUCUGUGGCGGAGUCAGAAUAAUGGAAGAGCCCCCCAGGUAGAGCGCUACCAGAGGAAGGUGACGCAGACUUCAGCCAUGUUGGUGCUGGCUUUUACUCUGUGCUGGCUGCCUUCCUAUGGACUGAUGCUGGCCCUGCUGGAGGAUAACCGCUCAGGAGCCACAGGCACCUCGCCCCGUUAUGGUGCUUUUACUGUCUUUGCACGCGUCAUGGCUACCUCGUCCACCGUGGUGAAUCCUAUCCUUUAUGUCCUAAUGUCUGAAAAAUUCAGACAAGACCUACUGCGGCUCUUCAAGAGGGCAGGGCAAAGAGACGGAGGGGCUGUGACUGUGACUGCUGCUGGAUCGUAACACUGUCAGGAUCUCAGUCAUGACUUGCAAAAACUCUGAUUUAUUCAUCAUUAUAUCAUAUCAUCAUUUUAUUUGUAUCGCAUCAUUUCCUCUGUAUCCUGAUAUUGUAUGUAUUGUAUCACCAGAUUCUUGUCAGUAUACCUGACCCUAAUAAAUCCUAAUACAUGAGCACUCACUUUGAAAAAAAUGGGUUUCUCAGAUUAUUACGUACUUCCUUCCACACUACUUUUUACCUGUUGCUCCGUGAAGUACUGUACUGUAAAAAC